AUGCAGCAACCAACCAACCAGGCCUGCCUUCUCCAGAGCGUGUGCAGAGGCUGCCACAGGCUGACAUGGCCUCUUGUCAAUGGUGCGACCUCGAAGCUCGCUGAAACCACGCAAGGUGAUGAAGGUGAUGAUGGUGACUCAGUCCACUUCCGAACAGCACCUCCAACCAACUGGCAAUCGCUGUCAUGCGUUGAUACGGCCACCACGCCUUCCUACACAGUGUAUGCCAGCGUCAACCCUCAAAUUGCUGCCAUCAUCAGCCGCACCUCCACCGCCAGUUGCUACUACCUAGUGCCACUCCACUACCUAAUGCCACUCCACAGCCUCAUCCCAGGAUGGAAUAGCCGGUUCGUGCGCACCAGGGAGCCAGCACGAGAGCUGAGCGUGGAGCCAUGGCAGCAGCAGCAGCAGCAGCAGCAGCAGCAGCAGCAGCAGCAGCAGCAUGCUAGGGUGGCGUGA